AUGGAAGAAAAAAAGUACUAUGAAAAUUUGAAAAAUUUGACUCACGCAACCUUUUGCUUUGAGAAUGAAGAUCAUACAUUAGGAAAUUGUUUGCGGUGUAUUUUAUUACAAAAAGAAGGCGUGGAAUUUGCAGGAUAUACAGUGCCUCAUCCAACACAACCUGAAAUUAAUGUUAGAAUUCAGACAACAGGAAAACCAGCUGUAGACGUUUUAAAAGAAUCGCUAGAUGAUUUAGGAAAUAUGUGUGAUAUAAUGUUGAACAAAUUUAAUGAUGCUUUAAAACAGUCAUGA